AAUAUGGCGACGACUAAACAAUUUGUGGAGUCGACAGUGCAAUAGUUUUUGAGGAAUAACUUGGAGACUAUACUUUAUCACGCGUUCAAAUUUCACAGGGCGAUUGCAGAGGAUUUGAAGAGUCGAGUGUCAAGAUGGGACGCGGAAGUACAAAUAUGGGUCAGAACACCCCAGGCCUUCUGCUGGAGUGCGAAACCGAGGAGCUGUCCCAGGCGCAGAUCAGCAAGAAGAAGAAAGCGCAGGAUGAUAUUCACCGACUCCAUAUCUUACUGAAUAACACACUGAAUAAUAUACAGUCUGAUACUACUGGGACUCAAGGCAUGGUGAAUGGAGGCAGUGGGGUGCCAGCUGGACAGGUGGUGACCUCAGCCAGUCAACCAAUUACUAGUGGCACAAAUGUGGUUGGUCUGCAGAUGCCUCAUUUCCUGCUCCUCCAAAAUGGCCAGAUGAUAGCAACAACUGCCCUUGCCUCAAAUGGUCAAAUUUGCCCCACAACUUCAG